UUUCUUUCUUUCUUUCUUUCUUUCUUCUUCUUCUUCUUCUUCUUCAAUCCAAUGCAAUCUCACUAACCCAAAUUUGUUUUCCAAAAACCCAUCAAAUCCCAGCAAUGGUUCGGCCAAUCACCACCGUCCUUUUCACCACUCUUCUUCUUCUGUGGCCGUUCCUUUGUCUUGGGAUUCGCUCAUUUCCCACCACCACCGACGCAAUCUACACCUUCUCACGCUUCUCUGAAGCGCCGGACUACCGUAACAACGAUGAGUGUCCUCUCUCCUCCAAUAAGAGACCAGUAUCGUCCUGCGACCAAUCUCUCGUCCACGUGGCCAUGACCCUCGACUCCGAAUACCUCCGUGGCUCCAUCGCCGCUGUGCACUCCAUCCUCCGCCACGCCUCAUGCCCACAACACCUUUUCUUCCACUUCAUCGCCUCCGAGUUCGACCCGAUGACUCCUCGGAUCCUGACCCGACUCGUCCAAUCCAGCUUCCCUUCUCUCAACUUCAAGGUCUAUAUCUUCAGAGAAGACGCCGUCAUCAAUCUCAUCUCAUCAUCGAUCCGCCAAGCCCUCGACAACCCGUUAAACUACGCCCGAAACUACCUCGGCGACCUGCUUGACCCGUGCGUAAAGCGGGUCAUCUACCUCGACUCCGACCUCGUCCUCGUCGACGACAUACACAAGCUCUGGAACAUUACCCUGACAGGAAACCGGGUUAUCGGAGCACCCGAAUACUGCCACGCCAACUUCACCAAGUACUUCACCGACAAUUUCUGGUCCGACCCGGAUCUUCCCCGGGUAUUCGGGUCGAGAAACCCAUGCUAUUUCAACACGGGUGUGAUGGUGAUGGACCUAGAGAAAUGGAGAUUGGAAAAUUACACGAGAGAGAUAGAGAAGUGGAUGGAGGUGCAGAGGAAGAAAAGGAUAUACGAACUGGGUUCGUUGCCGCCAUUCUUGCUGGUGUUUUCCGGCGACGUGGAGGCGGUGGAUCACCGGUGGAACCAGCAUGGGCUCGGCGGCGAUAACCGGAGGGGGAAUUGUAGGUCGUUGCAUCCGGGUCCGGUGAGUUUGCUACAUUGGAGUGGGAAAGGGAAGCCAUGGGUUAGACUUGAUAUGAAGAAACCUUGUCCGUUGGAUUAUUUAUGGGAACCGUAUGAUUUGUAUAGAUUGAAGCAUUCGCAUUAUCAGCCGUUGGUUUUGUCUACUACGACCUCGAAUUUGAUUGGAUACUCGAAUUAUUUCUUAUGAUUUAUUUAUUUUUUGAAUUUUUACAUGGUGAUUCAGACAUUCUUUCAUAGGUGUGUACAGAUUAAGCUGGGGAGUAAUUAAUUAAUUAUUAUUAUUUUCUUACGAAAUUUUAA